AUGUCGCGGCCCCAACUGGCAGAUUUGACGGGCGAGCACGAACUCGCCGUCCUUGCGCGAUCGACAUGGCUCACAUCGACCCAAGCACCCAAAGUGCUGGCCAGCACGGUGGGGAGCAUCUGGAAGGUGGUGGAAGACGAUGAUUUCUCGUCCUGGAAUCUCCUCCUCCUCGAACAAUUACAGGCAUUGGAGCGAUAUCUUCUCCCCGGAUACACGGAAGAUGCAUCCAAUCAGCAUGUCCUCCUCUUGGUCCUCAUUGUCAACACCAAACGACAGGACAAUCUUCCCAUCUGGCCCAUUUUCGCCCAACAUCCCGACGAAUUCGCAAACUUCUUCCGCCGAGUCGUGCAUCUGAGCAUUGACACGAGCCUUGCGACGAGUCUUCGAACACAUCUGCUCACCUUUUUGGUUGGCGCAUUUCAAAGUCUGGAUCAUGGAAUUGUGCGGAAAGAAUGCGCUCCGUUGGUCUCGAUUGGCAUUUGGCAGAAUUUGCACAGUGAGGCGGUGAGGGACAAAUUAUUGGCAAGGAGCACACCCCUCACCAAAGCAUGGCGGGCGGCGGGGAAGAAAUGGGACAAUGCCGAUGCUUCGGGCCAGGCACGACUGAAGCUGGAGAGGAGCUGGCUGUAUGUCUUGCUCGCCGAUUUUGUGGACAGAAUCUACCAUGUCGAUGCAACAGCAGAUCAGAAGCAGGCGAAUGUGUUGUACUGCGAGCGCUUUCUAGAACUGCUGUGCGACUUGCAGAGCCAGCUACCCACCAGACGCCAUGUCAAUACUCUGCUCAAGGAUACCAAUACCCUCCCCGCCAUUGCCCUUUCCCCUCUAUACCAGGACGAGGAGAGACUACGGGAAAUGUACCAACUUCUCGCCCAUUACACCCACUUCCCCAUCGAUGACCAGACCGGACGACAGUUGACCAUGCAGGAAUACGACGACGCACAGAACGUGACCAUCUCCCGCCUGCAAAAGGUCGCCCUCAAACAGCAGCCGGACAAGCUGAAGAUUUUGGUCUUGGCCAACUUUGCCGCUCUUUCCCAGAGAUCCGAAAUUCAAGGCCAUAUGGAGAGUCUCACAGAUGCAGAGCUGCUUGCAUUGUGUCAGGCGAUGGAAUUGAGGACGUCCGAAUAUCCGGAAAAGGCACGAUUGAUACGGGAUCGCGCCUUCUUGCUCGAGUGUCUGGUGGCCGCUGUGGAGUCCAAGGCAUACUAUACCGAGGAGCUACGGUCGCUGCCGAUUCUGCCCAACGAGAAGGUGUUGUAUGAUCCAGCAAUGCUCAGGACAGACCAGCAUACCAUUUCCCAGCCACUCCCCAUCCCCAAGCUCAACCUACAAUAUCUCACAAUCGGCGACUUCUUAUGGAGGUCGUUCAUCCUCUACCGCCAUGAAGCAUUCUACGAGAUCCGCAAACAUCUUGAAGACACCAUCAAGAGGCYACAACCUCGACGAGGUGGAGGCAUCACCAGAUUCGAUGGCUUUUCUCGCAUGGCAAUCCCCAUCAGCAAACCAGCCAUCAUCGAAGCGCUACCGCCUCGUGUUGGUGAGGUCAUACCCGCAGAGGUCAAGGUGGAGAUCAUCUUGGAUGUCAGCAAACUACAACCUGCGCUGAGGAGGGAGUGGGAGAGUUUGAGACCGGAUGAUACCGUCUUUCUGAUCGCACUCCACCCAGAGGAUGGAUCGAUGAAGCUCACUAACGGCAGCUCCGAGCAUUCCCUGGUAGAAAAGGCGGGAUUGAAAGAAGUGCGUUGUGCGGACAUCAUCAGUGUGUUGGACGACAACGGCAAAGCAUUGCGCCAGAAUCAGCGCGAGCAAGAUGAUGACUCCCGACCACGUACCCGGCGACUCCUCGUUCGACUGGAUGCUGCAGCAUAUAAGCUGGACAAGGAACGAGCGGAUGCUGGCAAGGGUGAUGUUUACGACCGGAUAAAUGUUGUAAUUCGACGACGAGCGCGGGAGAACAAUUUCAGACCCGUCUUGGAGAGCAUCAAACAACUCGCACUAUCAGACUCGCCUGUUCCCACCUGGCUGCAUGAAGUCUUCCUUGGAUAUGGCGAUCCUGCAUCUGCCACAUACAAGCGCUUACCAAACAAGCUGAAGAGUGCCGACUAUAGGGAUACAUUCCUCGACUGGCAGCAUCUUAUUGAAUCCCUCCCAGGUAAGACUGUCGAGCCAGACCCAAACCAGGACGGGAUAUUUCCACCGCCGUACAUUCUCGAAUCUACAGGCGAGGAGGCUCCACCAGCACCACCGAAAAGCAAGAAGAGGAGACGAGAUCAACCGGAUGGCCCAGAGGCUGCACCAUCAGCGGAGACCUUUAAAGUCUCGACAUACAAGCCGGUCAACAGCGGACCAUACCCGAUGGAUGCCCCGAAAGUGAAUACUGUCCGUUUCACCCCCACUCAAAUUGAAGCAAUCACAUCAGGUACACAACCCGGCUUGACUAUGAUUGUUGGACCACCUGGGACUGGAAAGACUGAUGUCGCUACUCAAAUCAUCAAUAACAUCUACCACAACUUCCCCGAACAACGCACAUUACUUGUUGCACAUUCAAAUCAAGCCCUCAACCAGCUUUUCCAAAAGAUCGUGGCGCUUGAUAUCGACGAGAGACAUCUCCUACGAUUGGGUCAUGGAGAAGAGGAGCUCUCCACAGAAGCCAGCUUCAGCAAAGCAGGGCGUGUCGAGUCAUUUCUUGAACGCGGCGGGUACUACCUUUCGGAGAUUCAGCGACUAGCCAACAGCAUCGGUGCGGUGGGUGCUCACGGCAGCAGCUGUGAGACUGCCGAGUACUUUGAUCAAGUACACGUCCAACCGAGAUGGAAGCGCUAUUGGGAGACCCUCAAGUCGGAUACAUCCACCGCAGAUGAUGUCAUCACCGCUUUCCCCUUUCAUGCCUAUUUCUCCGACGCACCGCAUCCACUCUUCCCAUCAGACGCCUCCAAGGAGCAACUGAUUGAUGUUGCUCAAGGAUGUGAGAGACAUAUCCGUCGUAUCCUCAACGAGCUUGCAGAUAUCCGGCCCUUUGAGAUUCUGCGUGCGCAGAGAGACAAGUCAAAUUACCUGCUUGUGAAGGAGGCUCGCAUCAUUGCCAUGACCUCCACUCACGCCGCCAUUCGAAGACAAGAAAUUGUAGGUCUCGGCUUCCACUACGACAAUGUCAUCAUGGAAGAAGCAGCACAAAUCACCGAGAUUGAGAAUUUCGUUCCUUUUGUCCUGCAAGCUCCCCAUCUAGCAGACGGCAAGAGCGCUACCGCCGAGAGCCGACUCAAACGAAUUGUGCUCGUGGGAGAUCAUUUGCAAAACUCCCCAGUGAUUCAAAACAAUGCAUUGAAAAGCUACGCCAACCUCGAACAAUCCCUCUUCGCACGCCUCAUCCGGUUGGGGGUACCUCACAUCCUCCUUCAAGCCCAAGGUCGCUCCAGACCAAGUCUCGCAGCACUCUACCGCUGGCGCUACCCAACCCUCACCGACCUCCCCCAUACCUCCCAACUCCCCGAAUUCACCCAGGCGAAUGCGGGUUUCAAAUACGACUACCAAUUUAUUGAUGUCCCAGACUACAAAGGCUCUGGAGAAAGCGAACCCUCUCCUCAUUUCUUACAAAAUUUGGGAGAGGCGGAAUACGCCGUCGCAUUGUACAUGUACAUGCGUCUCCUCGGCUACCCGGCGGAGAAAAUCACUCUUUUGACAGCUUACGCGGGGCAAAGAGCGCUGAUUAAAAACGUCCUGGAUCAUCGCUGCAAGAAUCAUCGAUUGUUCGGUCUCCCCAAGUGGGUGGGCACAGUGGAUAAAUAUCAAGGUGAACAGAACGAUUACGUCAUCCUCAGUCWCGUCCGCACGACGAGUCCCGGGUACUUGAGGGAUCUCCGACGUUUGACGGUAGCAUUAAGUCGAGCGAGGUUGGGAUUGUAUGUUCUAGGACGCAGGGAGGUUUUCGAGGGGAGUUUGGAAUUAAGGGAGGCUUUUGCGCCGUUGAUGGGGAGGAGUAGGAAGUUGGAGGUUGUUACGGGAGAGAUGUACCCUAGUGCCAGGAGGGUGGGUGAGGAGGUUCCUGAGGGGGCUGCGACGAGUUUGGAGGGGGUGGAGCAUUUGGGACAGUAUGUUUUUGAGAUGACUAAGGCUAAGGUCGAGGCUUUGAAGAAGGGGGGUGGGGUGUUACCUGCGCUUGUUGCUGCUGCUGCUGAUGGUGAUGAUCAGGAGGAGGAGGAUGAGGAGGAGGAAAUGUUGGAUGCGGAUGUUGAAGGGGAUGGAGAUGGGGAUGUGACUCCUAAAGCUGAGGUGCAGUAG